AUUUAAGUUAUACUUUGGUUGCACGUUAGCCACUUGAACUUUAUUUGUUGCAAGUGGGAGUUGACGACGACUUCAUGCUCCUCUCAAAGAUGUUUCGCAAUUUUCCGGAGUUCAAUUCUACUUGCAGCGUCGACGGCGACCUCUGCUUCCAAUGGCUUCGACAAGCGCAGUCGCCACUUCGUCAUCGUCGUCGAUCUCUCUCCCGUCGCCGUACUCCCCUCCUCCGCCGCGGUGGACGCACGACGUCUUCCUCAGCUUCCGGGGCCGGGACACUCGAAACAGCUUCACCGGCCAUCUCCACGCAGCUCUGGUCCAGAAAGGGAUCCGAGCUUACAAGGACGACAGAGACCUAGACCGCGGAGAAGCCAUCGAGGCUGAGCUGUUCAAGGCGAUUGAGGGCUCGAGGUUCUCGGUCGUCGUGUUCUCGAGGAAUUACGCCGAUUCCCCUUGGUGCUUGGAUGAGCUGGUCAAGAUCGUUCAGUGCAAGGAAGGGCCAACGGAUCACACCGUUUUGCCCGUGUUCUACGAUGUCGAUCCGUCGGAGGUUGCGGAGAUGGAGGGACUGUACGCGGCAGCGUUUGCUGAGCACGAAGUUCUGAAUCCGGAGAAGGUGGAGAGCUGGAGGAAGUCGGUAGCUGAAGUUGCCCAAUUAGCCGGUUGGGAUGCUGGAAAUAGGAAUGAAGCGGAAGUAAUUAAGGAAAUUGUCGAAAGAAUUUGGUUCACGUUGAAUCAUUCUAUCCCAAUUAUGAGCAAUGACUUGGUCGGAAUGGAUGCACGCGUAGAUGAAAUCGUUAGCAAUUUGUUGGAUGAAGAGUCUGUUCGAGUUCGCUUUCUGGGGAUUUGCGGAAUGGGUGGACUGGGGAAGACAACUAUUGCCAAAGUUGUUUAUGAUAAAAUCCGUUGGCAGUUCGAAGGUUGUUGUUUCCUCGCGAAUGUCAGAGAGUCAUUCGAGAAACAUGGUCCACUUCCUUUGCAGCAGCGGCUUCUUUCUGAAAUCCUAAUGCGGAGGGGAGGAGAAUUGUGGGAUGCUGAUAAAGGAAUAAGUGAGAUAAAACAUAAUUUGCAGCGGAAGAAGGUGCUUCUUGUCCUUGAUGAUGUUGAUCAUCCUGAACAGCUUGAAAUGCUGGCUGGAGAUCAUGAAUGGUUUGGUCCAGGGAGCCUUGUGAUCAUAACUAGCCGAGAUGAACACUUGUUGGCAGCACAUAAAGUUGAUGAAACAUAUGAAGCAAAGGCACUGAACAAUGAUGAAGCUCUUGUGCUAUUUAGUUCGCAUGCAUUCAAACAAGACAGCCCAGUUACAGGUUAUUCCGAGUUGUCUAAGCGAGUUGUGGGUUAUGCUAAGGGACUUCCCCUGGGUCUUAAAGUUUUGGGUUCUUUUCUGAACGGGAGGAAUAUACGUGCAUGGAACAGUGCAAUCAAAAGGCUGAACGAGAUCCCAAACAGAAAAAUUGUGGACGUUCUACAAAUAAGUUUUGAUGCACUAGAGGAAACAGAGAAGAAAAUAUUCUUGGAUAUUGCUUGUUUCUUCAAGGCUAUGGAUAAAGAUGAAGUAACAAAUAUACUUGAUAGUUGUGGCUUUCAUGCAGAGAUUGGCAUACAAGUUUUGAUCGAUAAAUCUCUCAUUAGUGUUUCAAAAAAUCGUUUAGUAAUGCAUGAUUUGCUGCAACUAAUGGGAAGGGAUAUUGUCCGCCGAGAGUCGCCUGAAGAGCCUGGAAAGCGCAGUAGAAUAUGGACAUAUGAGGAUGCAUCUCAUGUUCUGACAAAAAACUCGGGAGGUGAAGAAGUAGAAGUAAUUUUUGUAGACCUUCCUCAACCAAAGGAUGCAAACUGGACCAUGGAAGCCUUCUCGCGAAUGACCAAACUAAGACUGCUCAAAAUCUGCAACGUGAACCUUAGCAAAGGGCCUGCAUUUCUUUCUAAUGAGUUGCGUUAUCUUGAUUGGGAUUGUUACCCUGCAAAAUCUUUGCCUUCAAGUUUCCAUUCAGAUAAACUUGUUCGACUUAUUUUGCAUCACAGCAAGGUAGAACAACUCUGGUUUGGUAUCAGGACUUUUAGAGAUUUGAGAAUUAUUGAGCUUGAGGGGUCCAGUAACUUCACAAGGAUACCGGACUUCACUGAGAUUCCUAAUCUCGAGAGGUUAGUGCUUACAGACUGUACCAGGUUGUCUGAGGUUCACUCCUCCAUUGGGCAUCUCAAGAAGCUUGCUUAUAUCAGUUUGUUAGGUUGCUCAAAGGUUAGGAAAUUUUCAGAAAUAUUGGUACCUAUGGAUUGUUUGGUGGAACUUAUACUGGACGAGACUGGCAUUGAGAAACUACCGAUGUCAAUUCACAAUCUGGGCAGCCUAGCUAUAUUGAGCCUCAGAUUCUGUAAGGACCUUAGAAGUAUUCCAAGCAGCAUAACCACCUUGAAAUCCCUUAAAAAACUUGAUCUCUCAGGCUGCUUAAAACUGAAAAGAUUUCCAGAUGUUGAGGCUAGUAUGAAAUGUUUAGAAGAACUCUACUUAGAUCAGACUGCAAUCGAAGAACUGCCUUCCUCAAUUCAACAUUUGUCAGGCUUAGUUCUCUUGAGCCUCAGAUUUUGCAAUCGCUUUAUUGGCCUCCCGAGCAGCAUAAGUUGUUUAAACUCCCUUAGAAAGCUUGAUCUUUGCUACUGCUCAAAGUUGGAGAGAUUUCCUGAUAUUUUGGAGGUAAUGGAAGGUCUACGGGAGCUUUGUCUGGAUUGGACUAACAUCAAGGAACUCCCACCCUUGGAUAAGUUGAUUGGCUUGGAGUUAUUGAGCAUUGAAGGUUGUGUAUACCUUAAAGAUCUCAGCAGCAUUUGUGGCUUGAAAUCCAUAAGGACACUUGAUAUCACAUGGUUUGGACAUAAUUUCAAAGUGAAUCAGCCAAAAUCUAAGCUAUCUAAGAUCAUGCCAAAUGCUACGAGACAAUGGAUGCGGAAAUUCAGAUCAGCUGCCAUAUCCACGGCUGCUCCCUUGCAAAUAAUGUUGCUGCCUUCAUUUUCGUCUCUCUGUGCAUUGAGAAAUCUGACUUUGAGUUUCUGCAAUCUAUUAGACGAAGUAGUUCCGAAUGACCUUGGCUGCUUGUCCUCCUUGAGGUAUUUGGACCUCAGCGGCAACGAAUUCUCAAGCCUACCAGCAAGCAUAAACCAACUUCUGAUGCUUGAAGAGCUCAACUUGGAUUAUUGCUGGGAGCUUCAAUCACUACCUGUACUUCCACCAAACGUCUCUCUCGUGAGAGCGAGCUUUUGUGAUUCCCUGACAAUAAUUGCAGAUCCAAUCAAGUUAUGUAUCUGGAAAGCCUCGAAAAUCUACUGCUUCAAUUGCUUCGAGUUAGUUACUGGCUUCAAUUGUUCCCGUUUAGUUCUUGGUUCCAACAAGCUAGCAGUCGCAAUGAUCAUACGAUAUAUCCAGGGGUUGACACUACCGAGGCCCAGAUUUGACAUUGUAUACCCUGGUGCCGGAAUUCCCAAGUGGUUCAUCCAUUACAGCGAGGGAUCCUCCGUGAGCCUGGAAGUGCCUCCUAACUUGCACUUGAAUACCAACUGGAUGGGUUUUGCUGCUUGUGCCAUUUUCACCGUUGUUCCGCUUCCUCAAACUUUGGACAAUCAGCAUUUUCUCCUGACAUGCCACUUCAUCGUCAACGGCAAGCUAGAUUCCACUUGGCCUUCCAUUUCUUUCCAAAGUGAAUCAGGCUACGCAGAUCACAUCUGGUCGUUCUACUUCUCCCUUGGCUGCUUGUCGGAGUGGCCUCCUGAGGGAUUUGGUAGCAUUGAAUUGUCCUUCGAGAUGCACUCUCCGGAGAUCACCGUGAAGCAGUGUGGUGGCCGGCUGAUAUAUCGGCGAGAUGCUGGACUCUUUUACAAAGUAAAACCAAGAGAUUUGAGCGUGUGGGAAUCAUAUCAGUCACUGAUGCAGCCAUCUGCCGCAGUUGAUUCGCCAGAUUCGAUUGCCGUGUGAAUGGGGCUCCUUUCAAGGGACACAAGCAGUAUCCCAGGUUGGUUUCUUUUCUUCACAUGAUAAGCUUCACUUGUAUGGUCUGUUAUUAAGCAUUGUUCUUGAAUUUGUUUGAGAUUAUCACCCAAGAGAUCUGAUUUUAGUAUAUUGUCACUGUGAUUUGGCCUGACUAAACUUAUUGAACCUAGUUUACUGAUUGCUAUUACUUUACGUUGUUUAAUUUGGGGGGAUGCAGGAGGCUUGAUGUACAAGCUACCUCAAAACAAUCUCACCUUCCUCCGGUUCGUCACCGACAUUCUGUUCAGGGUUUCACCCAAUAGUUGCCAACAGAGUGUUAGUAUUUGAUGGUCAAUUGUGUGGUGAAGCCACAACCAUGAUACUUGAAUAUGUAUUUUGUUCUUUACCUUACCAUCUUUGAGGAAAGGAUUUAUGGUUUUUUACUAUCAAAUCCAUCCCAAUUCUCAAGAAUCCAAUAUCUUUGUACAAUCAAGUUUGUGUUUGUACAAACAUGGUAAAGCAAAAUUAUUAGGGAUGCUUUAGACAUUUUUGUUUUGUGUACGAGCCACGAUUAUUGAUAUUAAUUAUAUGUCUACGUACGUAGGGUG